ACAGGCACCAAGAUGUCCAACCGAGUGGUCUGCCAGGAAGCCAGUCACGCUGGGAGCUGGUACACAGCCUCAGGACCGCAGCUGAAUGCACAGCUAGAAGGUUGGCUUUCACAAGUACAGUCUACAAAAAGACCUGCUCGAGCCAUUGUUGCACCCCAUGCAGGAUAUACCUACUGUGGGUCUUGUGCUGCUCGUGCUUACAAACAAGUGGAUCCAUCUAUUACCCGGAGAAUUUUCAUCCUUGGGCCUUCUCAUCAUGUGCCCCUCUCUCGAUGUGCACUUUCCAGUGUGGAUAUAUAUAGGACACUUUUGUAUGACCUUCGUAUUGACCAAAGGAUUUACGGAGAACUAUGGAAGACAGGAAUGUUUGAACGCAUGUCUCUGCAGACAGAUGAAGAUGAACACAGUAUUGAAAUGCAUUUGCCUUAUACAGCUAAAGCCAUGGAAAGCCAUAAAGAUGAGUUUACCAUUAUUCCUGUACUGGUUGGAGCUCUGAGUGAGUCAAAAGAACAGGAAUUCGGAAAACUCUUCAGUAAAUAUCUAGCGGAUCCUAGUAAUCUCUUUGUGGUUUCUUCUGAUUUCUGCCAUUGGGGUCAAAGGUUCCGUUACAGUUACUAUGAUGAAUCCCAGGGGGAGAUUUAUAGAUCCAUUGAACAUCUAGAUAAAAUGGGUAUGAGUAUUAUAGAACAAUUAGACCCUGUAUUUUUUAGCAAUUACUUGAAGAAGUAUCAUAAUACUCUAUGUGGAAGACAUCCCAUUGGGGUGUUAUUAAAUGCUAUCACAGAGCUCCAGAAGAAUGGAAUGAAUAUGAGCUUUUCCUUUUUGAAUUAUGCCCAGUCAAGCCAGUGUAGAAACUGGCAAGACAGUUCAGUGAGUUAUGCAGCUGGAGCACUCACAGUCCACUGAAGCUCUGAAUCCUCAGGGAUGCCACCUGCACAUACUCAUAUUCUGUC